AUGGAUGGUAUUCUGCAAUAGGCUCUAAUGCGUUUCGAUAUAGCAGCUAAUGAUGGCAAAAUUAAUGCUGAGUAGGUGAUAAGCAUUCUGCAAAGUCUAAAUUAUAACCCUCAAGAUAUCACGAAAAUAGUGUCUCAGAUUACCUCCGAUAUUGGUAUUUGCAAUCAAUAUUUGAGAUGUUCAUUAAUUCAAAGAGUUGCUCACUUAAAAGGAAGAGCCGAAGCAAGAAAGAGUUCAUUAAUUCAAAGAGUUGCUCACUCAAAAGGAAGAGCCGAAGCAAGAAAGACUGAGCACUUCUUAAAUAAGAUAAAUUGAAGAUGAAUUUCGAUAAGCUGUCAAGUAUGGGAACGACGAUAAAGUUCUAUAGUAUUUGAGUAAAUAAUCAAGUCUAUAUACUGAUUAGCUAAAUAUCAAAAUCAGAUUGAUCUAGCAAACAAGAUGGAACCUUAAAAUAGAUAAAUUCCAACCUAUGAUGCAGUAUAAGCCCCUACUGAAUAGCAAGCAUAUUUAAUUCUCAAAACACUCUAUGAGCAUGGAUCUGAUAUCAAUUACAAAGACGCUAUGCAAUAAUCCAUUAUGUUUUAUAUAUGUAGAGAUGGAAGAUGUCAAUUAUUCGAUUUCCUUAUUUCUAAAGGGUUGAGUGUUAAUGAAUAGGAUUAGAAUGGUCAGACUCCUAUUUUCUAUGCAGCCAGAGAGAAUAAGGUCGAAAUCCUAUAAAAAUUAAUUUAAAAUGGAGCAAAUGUCAAUCACAGAGACAAAAUCUUAGAUCAAACAGCUUUGUUUUAUUCAGCCAAGGAAGGUCAAUUGUAAGCAUGUUAACUUUUGAUAGAUGUAAUAAUUUAUAUUCGAUUUGAUCUAGGCUGGUUGCAAAAUAAGUCAUCAAGAUGCAACCAAGAAAACAGCAGUUGCUUAUGCGAAAAAAUUCAAUCGCAGAGAUGUCUACGAUCUGUUAAGUUUCGGCGCUUAAAGAUAGAAAGAUGAGGCAAAUUAAAAACGAGAUGAUGGCCUUUCCAAAAUAGAGCAAAAGAUUAAUAGAAAGAAAAAUAAAGACUUACCUAAAUUUUAAUAUAAAUUAAUGCAUAUUGACGAUAAAGGACUCUCGAAAGAAGUAACUAACGAGGAUUUUGAGAAGUUUUCUUAAGAUUUCCCUGAAAUUGCUAAACUUAUAAUGAAACCUGAUGAUACUAUAGACGAGACCAUGAUUUCAUCCAUCAAGGAAGAGUAGAUGUGGGAUAAAAUAGCAAAGAAAAUACUCAAUCAACUUUGGAAAUUAAAGCAAAGUGUUUAUUUUCUAGAACCAGUUGAUGUUAAUAGAUACUAAAUCCUAGAUUAUUAUGAUAUUGUUAAGAACCCAAUGGAUUUUGGUACCAUUAAAGUAUUAAUGAUAAUUAUCUUAGUCUAAAUUACAAAAUAAUCAAUACAGAUGUUUAAAAGAAUUUCAUAUUGACAUGCUUUUAGUAUUUGACAAUUGUGUACUCUAUAACGGAAUCCAUUCUGAAGUUGGAUAAGCAGGAAUUAAAGUGAAAUAAGAUUAUUUGUUAAUGUUGGAAUAAAAUGGAAUCAACAAGAAUUUAUGA